ACGGCCCGUGCUCCUAGUAUGUCUGAAAAUUUCGCUUUCUCACUCCCAACAUGACCUUCAUGCGUGCAAUCACCGCCGUGUACGGCGAUAUCGGUCGAGCACCAUCGGCUUUGCUUUUUAACGGUGGAGUUCAGGGCAAUGCAGUCAACUUGCAAUGGUACACUUCUCCUUACGCCCAUGCCGCCAAUACCGAGUCGUCGUUAAUGUACAUCGCCUUGCCAUACAAUCGUGUUUUCCUCAGAUCGAUCGACGACUUCAAGCCAUGUUACCACGACGCUCGUCUUUGGGUUGCCAAUCCUAACCAGAUUUUAUUAAUGCCCUUCGAAGAGACUUCUCGCUCGUGCUGGUGGAGGACGACUCUCAGCUCCUCGACUGUCCGUGUUCAAGAAUGCAU